UGAUCAAUUUCUUAUUUUAACUUCAUGCUACUGGUGGUCUAUACCACCACAGGCACAAAAUUGACUUGUUUAGUGAUUAAUUCACCAAACGUGUACACCAAUGGGCAGGUAUAAAUGUAGCGCCGCCAGGUGCAACAGUUCCAGUGAACCUGGUGUGACGUUUUUUAAGUUUCCACUUUAUAAUGAGCGAAAACUCAAGAAGUGGCUGAUGAACAUGAAGUGCACAGAAUCCGAGGACUGGUCUCCAUCUCGUUUCUCUGUUCUGUGUAUCAAACACUUUGAGGAGCGGUAUAUUUUAAAAACUGGCAAAUCUAUAAGGCUUCACCAGGAUGCAGUUCCCACCAUAUUUGCAAGUCCAGAUAAACAACAGAACAAAAAGAAUUCAGUCAGCCUGAGAGAAACAAAACCCCAUAAGGGUCAUGUUGCUGAUGCUGCUGAGAUGAAUCCAGCUCAGGUUCCAACAACAGAAGCUGCUGUGACCUUCACGAACACAGAAAACGUCAUUGUCUCCAAAGCAGAGCGGAGCCACACAGAAAACGAAAAAGAUGAAGAGCCUACUGGAGAUCCCCAACACUGGAAAAUUAUUAUAGAUGAAGACCUGCGGACCGACUCGCUUCCACAUUUCUUCCAUGGUGAUUACUGCGUGCCACAAAGUAUUCAGUGGGUUCCUGACUAUGCUUCCAGUUGGAAUGACAGCAAAAACCUGAUUGAGGUGAAAGAGCCGUGGGAGUGGCUUGGUCUGGAUGUCAGGGGACCUCUGCCUGAAACGGUGAACGGGCACAGAUACAUUCUGAGCGUGACAGACUAUUAUUCUAAGUGGGUGGAAGCCAUGCCCAUGCAGCUCUGUCUCGCCUCACAUGUGGCAAAGCUACUCGUGGACGUAAUUGUGCACUUUGGAUUCCCGCUCAGAAUCCUCUCCAGACUGCCUUUGGACAUCGUCCACAAAAUCAAUGAAGAACUGAAUGACCAGCUGAACAUUGCCUUUCCUCUCGUCGUCCAUCAUCAGAGGACGGGCACCGCGGAUGUGUUCAUGCCACAUUCAAUUGACAGGAUGGUCAAUGAGUUAAUUUACCAGCACACGGCUGACUGGGACGUCUACCUGCCCGCCAAAGUUUUUAGUCUGUGCUUCCAGGAGCAUUCAAAGACGAAGGAGCGACCUUUCUCCAUGCUUUACUGUCGGGGAGUUAAACCUGUCCAUUUCCCCAGAAAAACAUACGAUAACUCCAAGAUCCAGGAGAGCAUAUUCAUCAUUAGAUAGACAGAUGGGAUUUAUUUGAUGAAUGGCUCAGGAGCAAAUCCCGCCUGAUGUGCAUUUUCACAAACAGAACAGGGGGGAACCCUGUGUUAUUUAAGCGCUCCAUUUGUAGGAGUUGAUUAUCAGGAAAACCACCGCAGUGAGAGUGGAACGUCUGGUCAUCAGGCUGAGGACUGUGUGAUCGGACUGAUAAUGGAGAUGAAACUGUAAAAACCCUUGCAUAUUUUCACAUCUCAGAUUGAUGAUGCAUGACCCCCCACCCCCCAUUGAGUCAGUACAAAACCGUUUUCAUAAUGACAACAGUAUUCUGUUUUCUGCUAGUAUGUACCUGCUUACUUGGGUACAUUUCUGUGAAGUGUUAGGACACUGCAUGUUUCUGCACCGUUAUCUCCAUGUUGACAGCAUAGUAGCUGCAGCGCCAAGCCCCUCCCUUUUUAACAGACCACUGUCUAUCACUAAUGUGAUCUCAGAAUUAAUACUGAAAGUCUUGAAGGUGUAUUAUUGAAAAUCCAGAAUCCAGUUGUUUGUGUUAUUUCCCAUUUGUGAUAAUUUGUUUAUCAGUUUAUUUAAAUGCAUUUUAGGCAUUUAAUAGGCGUCUGUAAGCAGCGCUAUCUAAUGUUCUUAUGGGCAGUACUGAAUGAACAAUCUUACCAGGGUUCUAGCCACGGUGGCUGGGGCCAGCCGGCGCCGCCUGUUACUGCAAAUUUCCGCCUGGCUCUCGGAUUCAAAUUGGCUGUGCCGCCCAGCACGGAUUUUC